UAGGCUACCCCAACCACCAAGCAUCAACAGGAAGCUAAAUUGAGGGCAAAUGCCCCCAAUAUAUAAAAUAUAGGCCAAAAUAUUGUCGAAAAAACGCGACAUUGUGCCUUUAACUAUUAUCUCCGUAAACAUGGGCUAACUGGUUCACUCUAGUGUGAAAUGUAAUAAGAAAUGUGUAACUGAAAUAUUUAUCCUCACGUUUCUCCAAUAUUUGAUGAUUCUUGAUAUAUUUUUACAAUUACAAUAUGCUAAAUAUCACGUAUUAUGGCUUUCCACUUUACUACUUACUUACUUUUCACACAUACAAAAUCUGUUGGAGUAUACUUUCAUAGUUUACAUGAACUAUCUAUUGGGCAGUUUUGUAAGAAAGAAUUGUUUUGUACAAAUUGGGGGUUUGUUGAAGGCUCACUUUUAGGGCAGAGUUAUUUUAACAUUUAUGAUGUGUAACGUUGUGCCAUCAUGGUGCACCCAAGAAGCACUGACAAAGACAGGAACUGCCAGAAUAUUGGCUGACAUGCUUCAGUCAAACAGUAGAUACAUUCACAACAUGUGGUGUGUUAUAUAUAUACAUAGUGGCAUAUUGUAACCAACAACAUGACAUCUGGUCUAUUGUCAAGGGUAUUCGUUCUGUUGUGUACAUUGUUGCUACUUGUUACUGCGUAGACUGUGAUACAAUGUGUGCAAAUCGGUUCUCUGAUUUGUGAUGAUACAAUAUGUGUACAUCCGUCCUCUGAUAUGUAAUGAUACAAUAUGUGUACAUCCGUCCUCUGAAUGGUGAUUCUGAGAGCUGGUGAUGGUUGUUUCCAGUUUACAUGGCCCACACUCCCAGCCUAGUUUCUUUGGUAUGUACUGCUAGCACUCAGUUUAAGGCCAGCACCCAGUGUAAGGUCAGCACUCAUUGUUCUGCCAGCGAUCAGUGUAAGGUCAGCACUCUGUGUUCUGCCAGCGAUCAGUGUAAGGCCAGCACUCUGUGUUCUGCCAGCGAUCAGUGUAAGGCCAGCACUCUGUGUUCUGCCAGCGAUCAGUGUAAGGUCAGCCCUUACUGUAAGGCCAGCACCCAGUGUUCUGCCAGCGAUCAGUGUAAGGCCAGCACUCUGUGUUCUGCCAGCGAUCAGUGUAAGGUCAGCCCUUACUGUAAGGCCAGCACUCAGUGUUCUGCCAGCGAUCAGUGUAAGGUCAGCACUCUGUGUUCUGCCAGCGAUCAGUGUAAGGCCAGCACUCUGUGUUCUGCCAGCGAUCAGUGUAAGGUCAGCACUCUGUGUUCUGCCAGCGAUCAGUGUAAGGCCAGCACUCUGUGUUCUGCCAGCGAUCAGUGUAAGGUCAGCCCUUACUGUAAGGCCAGCACCCAGUGUUCUGCCAGCGAUCAGUGUAAGGUCAGCCCUUACUGUAAGGCCAGCACCCAGUGUUCUGCCAGCGAUCAGUGUAAGGUCAGCCCUUACUGUAAGGCCAGCACCCAGUGUUCUGCCAGCGAUCAGUGUAAGGCCAGCACUCUGUGUUCUGCCAGCGAUCAGUGUAAGGCCAGCACUCUGUGUUCUGCCAGCGAUCAGUGUAAGGCCAGCACUCUGUGUUCUGCCAGCGAUCAGUGUAAGGUCAGCACUCUGUGUUCUGCCAGCGAUCAGUGUAAGGUCAGCCCUUACUGUAAGGCCAGCACCCUGUGUUCUGCCAGCGAUCAGUGUAAGGCCAGCACUCUGUGUUCUGCCAGCGAUCAGUGUAAGGCCAGCACUCUGUGUUCUGCCAGCGAUCAGUGUAAGGCCAGCACUCUGUGUUCUGCCAGCGAUCAGUGUAAGGCCAGCACUCUGUGUUCUGCCAGCGAUCAGUGUAAGGUCAGCCCUUACUGUAAGGCCAGCACUCUGUGUUCUGCCAGCGAUCAGUGUAAGGCCAGCACUCUGUGUUCUGCCAGCGAUCAGUGUAAGGCCAGCACUCUGUGUUCUGCCAGCGAUCAGUGUAAGGUCAGCACUCUGUGUUCUGCCAGCGAUCAGUGUAAGGUCAGCACUCUGUGUUCUGCCAGCGAUCAGUGUAAGGCCAGCACUCUGUGUUCUGCCAGCAAUCUGUAA